CUGAGCCGUAGUCUCGCGGUCCCACGUGCGACGUCUGCGAGAGACUCGUGGUCGGGCUUCAGCACCCGCGCGCCAUGAGUUCCCAACCAUAAACACCACCAGACAGUCCCAGCCAGCUCCUCAACAUGCUGUUUUCCAAAGAAGUGCCAUGGCGGCGCCUGGAGGGCAUGUCGUUCGGCCUGUACUCGGCCGAAGAAAUCAGGAAGCUGAGCGUGAAAACCAUCACUAACUCCCAGUUCCUGGACAGCGUGGGAAAUGUGGCCCAGAACAGCUUGUACGACCUGGCUCUGGGGCCAGCAGACAUCAAGGAGAUCUGUUCCACCUGCUGUCAGGACUUCAACAACUGUCCGGGACACUUUGGCCUCAUCGAGCUGCCUCUGCCGGUGUACAACCCGCUGUUCUUUGACAAACUCUACCUGUUGAUCCGCGGCUCCUGUCUGACGUGCCACAUGCUGACGUGUCCCCGAGCCGCCAUCCACCUGCUGGUGAACCAGCUCAGGCUGGUGGAGCACGCAGCCAUGCAGGAGGUCUACCUCGUGGAGAGCGUUCUCAAUCAGCACCUUGACGAGAACCCCAAAGCUACGGGAGACGAGAUCGAGCAGGUGCUGAGGGAGUUCACCAGCAGGAUAGUCGGAGCCAGCACUGAGGAGGCACAGGACUCCAAGCCAAUUAAACGUCUGGUCGAGAUGAAGAACAGUCUGAUCAACGACUUCUGGAAGGUCCAGAUGAAUACCAGGAAGUGUCCUUACUGCAGAAGCGGCAGGUCAACGGUGCGGCGAGAGCACAACAGUAAGCUGAUCGUCACCAUGCCAACAGGAGCCCAGACUGCUGAAGACACAGAUCCGCUCGCUGGAGGCCGGGUCCUCCUGACUGCCAGUACAGCCAGAGAGCACGUCAGCAAAGUCUGGGCCAAAGAAGGUUUCUUCCUGAAGCACCUGUUUCCCGGGCUGGAGGAGAGCACGGGGUCGGAGGGGCAGAAGGGCUUUUACCCCGACCUCUUCUUCCUGGAGCUGCUGGCGGUCCCACCUUGCAGGUACCGUCCCAUCAACCAGCUGGGCGACCAGAUGUUCACCAACGGCCAGACGGUCAACAUGCAGGCCGUGAUGAAGGACUGCGGGGUCAUCCGGAAGCUCCUGGCUGUCAUAGCAGGAGAGAAGCGCGCCGAGGGGGCAGAGGAGGAGGAGGAGGAAGGGGCGCUGGGGCCCGAGGAUCAGACCUUUCUGUCGGGGGUUGUCGGGCUGACGCUGCAGGAUAAACUGUACAACAUGUGGAUCCGCCUGCAGAGCCACGUCAACAUCGUCUUUGACAGCGACAUGGACAGCCUGAUGAAUGACAAAUACCCCGGGGUCAGACAGAUCCUGGAGAAGAAGGACGGAUUGUUCCGAAAACACAUGAUGGGCAAACGGGUGGAUUACGCCGCGCGAUCUGUCAUCUGUCCCGACAUGUACAUCGGAACAAACGAGAUCGGAAUACCCAUGGUGUUCGCCACCAAGCUGACCUACCCACAGCCCGUCACCCCGUGGAACGUGAAGGAGCUGCGGCAGGCCGUUCUCAACGGGCCCAACGUCCACCCCGGCGCUUCCAUGGUGAUCAACGAAGACGGCGGGAAGACCAUCCUGUCGGCCACAAACGCCGCGCAGCGCGAGGCGGUCGCUAAGCAGCUGCUGACGCCCUCUACGGGUCCACAUAAGAUGUCCAUGAAGAUUGUGAGGCGUCACAUAAAGAACGGAGACGUUCUGCUUCUGAACAGACAGCCCACCCUGCACAGGCCGUCCAUACAAGCCCACUGUGCUCGCAUCCUACCAGGAGAGAAGGUCUUGAGGCUCCACUACGCCAACUGCAAGGCGUACAACGCCGACUUUGACGGAGACGAGAUGAACGCUCACUUCCCUCAGAGCGAGCUGGGCCGAGCAGAGGCCUACACGCUGGUCAGCACCAACCAGCAGUACCUCGUCCCUAAGGAUGGCAAACCGCUGGCGGGUCUCAUCCAGGACCACAUGGUGUCAGGAACCAAGAUGACCAUAAGAGGCUGCUUCUUCACCAAAGACCAGUACACGGAGCUGGUGUACAGAGGACUGACCGACCGGGCAGGCCGAGUCAAGCUGCUGCCUCCGACCAUCCUCAAACCGCAGCAGCUGUGGACAGGCAAGCAGGUGGUGUCCACUUUAUUGUUGAACAUCAUCCCAGAGAAAGCCGUCCCUCUCAACCUUACGGGCGUAGCAAAAAUCCCCGGCAAGGCGUGGAUCCGGUCUCCCCCUCGAGCUGCGCCUGGGUACCAACCAGAAAGAAUGUGCGAGUCAAAGGUGGUGAUCCGUCAGGGCGAGCUGUUGGUGGGCGUUCUGGACAAGGCUCACUACGGCUCCUCGGCGUACGGCCUGGUCCACUGCUGCUAUGAGCUGUACGGCGGGGAGACCAGCGGCAAGCUGCUCAGCUGCCUGGCUCGACUCUUCACCGCCUACCUGCAGCUCUACAGAGGCUUCACUCUGGGAGUGGAAGACAUUCUGGUGAAACCUGGAGCCAACAUGCAGAGGAAGAAAAUCAUUGAAGAGUCUCUGAAAGUGGGCACCAAGGCCCUGCAGGCGGCCUUCAACCUCCCUCCUAACGUGGAUCCGGCUGAGGCUCGGAGUCGAUGGCAGGACGCUCACCUCAGCCCUGACCAGAGAGAAUUCACCAUGGCCGACCACAAGUUCAAGGAAGUGGCGAACCAAGUGAACAAUGAAAUCAACAAGGUGUGUAUGCCGGUCGGACUGCACACCCCGUUCCCAGACAACAACCUCCAGCUCAUGGUCCAGUCCGGAGCCAAGGGCUCCACUGUCAACACCAUGCAGAUCUCCUGCCUGCUGGGUCAGAUCGAGCUGGAGGGCCGCAGGCCUCCGCUGAUGCCUUCAGGAAAAUUCCUGCCCUGCUUCCAGCCGUACGACUCGUCGCCCGGUGCCGGGGGCUUCGUUUCCGGACGCUUCCUGACGGGAAUCAAGCCACAGGAGUUUUUCUUCCACUGCAUGGCUGGCAGAGAAGGACUGGUGGACACGGCUGUGAAAACCUCCCGAUCGGGAUACCUGCAGAGGUGCAUCAUAAAGCAUCUGGAGGGCUUGGUGGUGCAGUACGAUCUGACCGUCAGAGACAGCGACGGAUCCGUGAUCCAGUUCCUGUACGGCGAGGACGGCCUGGACAUCCCCAAGACCCAGUUUCUGCAGCCGAGACAGUUCCCCUUCAUCGAGGACAACUACGAGGUCAUUAGGAGGUCUCAGAACCUGGACAAUGUUGUGGCUCGUUUGGACACUCACAGCGCAAACCGUCACUUUGCAGCCAUCCAGCGCUGGAAAGCAAAGAGAGAGAUGGCGUGUGCUCGGAAAGGAGCCUUUCUAAUGUUUUCCCAGAAGAAGUUGGCUAAACUGAGAGAGGCUAUGCAAGUCACAGAGCCUUUGGCUAGCCAAGAUCCCGCAGUGCUGCAGUUGGUGAAGGAUUGGCGCUCUCUGGAUGAAGCCAGCAGAGCCAAAUACAGAAAGAGGUCCUCCCGCUGCCCCGAGCCCUCCCUGGGCUUGUUCCGGCCCGACGUCUGUUUCGGAUCGGUGUCUGAAAACUUUCACGACAUCACGGAGAAUUACCUUCAGAACAAAAGCGGCACAACGGAGGGCGGCAUGGAGACGCAGAGCCUGCGCCAGCUGCUCCAUUACAAGUGGCAGCGUUCCCUGUGUGACCCGGGCGAAGCCGUGGGUCUGCUGGCAGCUCAGUCCAUCGGCGAGCCCUCCACCCAGAUGACCCUCAACACCUUCCACUUCGCUGGCAGAGGAGAGAUGAACGUCACUCUGGGGAUCCCCCGACUGAGAGAGAUCCUGAUGGUGGCCAGUUCCAACAUUAAAACCCCCAUGAUGAGCGUCCCAGUGCUGAACAGCAAGAGGGCCUUGAAGAGAGCCAAGACGCUGAGGAAGCAGCUCACCAGGGUCUGCCUGGCUGAGGUGCUGCAGAAGGUGGACGUGGUGGAGACACUACGGAUUGAAAGUUAUGAAAAACUGCGAUCUUUCAAAGUCACCUUUCACUUCUUGCCUCCUGAUCGUUACCGUGACGACAAGCUGUUGACUCCCCAUCAGAUCCUGCGCUACAUGGAAACCAGGUUUUUCCGUCUCCUCCUGGAAGCCAUUAAAAAGCGCACAGCCAAGCUGGCGUCCAUCGCCGUGGAGACGAGGAAGGCCACCCCUAGAGACAAAGACCUGGACGGGGAUGGGACGGCAGAGGUAGAUCAUGGAGAAGCAGAGGGGGAAGAAGAGAUCGUGGAUGAUCAGGGCGAUGAAGGAGACGCUGAUGCAACAGACGCCAGGAGAAAAAGUAAACAGGAAGAGGAGGUCGACUACGAAAGCGAAGACGAGGGCGAAGGCGACGAAGCCGAUGACGCUGAAAAGGAUCAGGAGGAGGCGGAGGAGAACAACCAAACAAACGCUGUGGAGGAGCCCCAGCCUGAGGUGCCAGAUGUUAGAGUGGAGAAGAAGAAGAAGAAGAAAAGAGCGGAGGAGGGAGAAGAGUCCUCGGUCCAGAUGAGGGUGAAUUCGGUUCUGUCUUCAAACUCGGCCAUACAGACGUAUUCCUUCGACCAGCAGGAGGAACUCUGGUGUGAGGUGGAGCUGCUCUUACCCGUCAACAGAGUGCACUUCGACCUGACCUCCGUGCUGUCGGCGCUGGCCCAGAACGCCGUCAUCAUGGAGACCCGGGGCCUGACACGGUGCCUGCUGAGCGAGACCACCACCAAGACCGGGGAAAAACGGACGCUGCUCAACACAGAGGGCAUCAACAUGCACGAAAUCUUUAAGUACAGCGAUAUCCUGGAAAUCAACAAACUGUACUCCAACGAGGUCCAUGCCAUGGCCAACACCUACGGCAUCGAAGUGGCCCUGAGAGUCAUAGAGAAGGAGAUCAAAGACGUCUUUGCAGUCUACGGUAUUGCGGUUGACCCCAGGCAUCUGUCGCUGGUGGCGGAUUACAUGUGCUUUGAAGGCGUCUACAAGCCUCUAAACCGGCACGCCAUCGUAUCGAACUCGUCACCUCUGCAGCAGAUGACCUUCGAGACCAGCUACAAAUUCCUCAAGCAGGCCACCAUGCUGGGCUCGCAUGAUCAGCUGUCGUCUCCCUCAGCCUGCCUGGUUGUGGGGAAGGUGGUCAGGGGAGGAACUGGACUGUUUGAACUGAAACAACCUCUUCAAUAGGACAAGGGUCUACUGCGAACAGCUGUUUAAAUGAUUGUAGCUCUAAUCCUGCGUCUGCAGUGCUUUCUCUGUGGAAUAGAUGACCUCACAGUCUGAAUGCUCUGGUAGAAAAUACCAGGUUUGAUGUAAAAAAUGAUUUAACCCAUUUAAAGGUUAAAUCGGUUUUCUACAGGCUGGGGUUUAAGCUCCUUAACAUAUUUUGUAUGAUACAGUAAAUAAGCGCCGAGUUUAAAACUUAGUGCUCAGGUUUUGUUAUUAAAAAUUGCAGAAUUGUAUGGAAAGCAACCUACGCUUUAUUAUUGCUUUUAAAUAAUAAAAUGUAUUCAAAAA